AUGUCUUCAAAUGAUUAUUAUGAACCAUCUGCGCACUGGUUUCAUGCGGUUGAUGUACCUAUAGCCGAACAAACCAAGUCUACAUCCAAUAAUAUUCCAAAAGAUUCACCAUCUUAUCAACCAGUCCCUAAAGUAAAACAACCGACAAAUUGGGUUCCAUUUUCUAAGCGUGACGCAACUGCAUUAGAGCAAGCAUAUCGUUCAGGAAUUCCUGGAACUAAAGUACCAUGCAAUGAAGAUUAUUUAUUUGAGGUUGAUGUUGAUAAGCGUGAAAUUCAACCGGUAUAUUGGUCUGGUCCUAUUUAUGAAGUCAGGCGUGCAACAUGGUUUCAACAAGCUGAACUUAACAAGUAUAUACCUUGUGAUGAAAAUUUAGCAAUGCAAAUUGAAGAAGGUUAUAAGAAAUAUCAAGCAUGGAUACUAUCACCUGAAUCAGAUCAAAAUAGCCUUACAACAUCUGAAGGUGUGAUUGAAAAAGAGAAAGAACGACGCUGGGCGUUAUUGGGAAAAUAUUUGUCUCAAUAUGUAACUUACACGAAUCCAACAACUGCUUGGUUAUUAAAUGACGAUAUGACUGGAAGGCUUACUAAAACAUUUUUCUCCACCAUCACUAAUAAUGAAAACUUGGGUGGAACUAGGCUUAUCAGAGGUUAUAAUGAAGUAAUAAAGUACACUUUUCAAAAGCCAAAUGCUGAUACUGAAAAAAAGAAAAAAGAUGAGGCGUCGGAAACCGUUGCCAGAAACAUUUCUACAUUAAAUGAGCAACAAAGUGACAUAAAGCAGGAAGCUGUUGAAACUCAAGAUUAUGAGAAUGAGGAGAGUGAAUGCGAAGAACGUGUCAUUGAUCAUCUUAUUUUGGUAAUUCAUGGGAUAGGUCAAAAACUGAGCGAAAGGCUCGAAUGGAUAAGUUUCAUUCAUGAUGUUAACACAUUCAGAAAAACUCUCAAGUCCAUUCCUAAGAAUAAUACACCUGAAACUUCUCAAAAUCCUACUAUGAAAGGUGGAUCAAGCACAGAUUCGAGUAGGCGUAACUCUAUUCUAUCUGACAAAUGCUCUCGAAGUGGGAUUCAAGUAUUACCUAUUCUAUGGCGUGAAGAAAUCAAGUUCGGCAUGGCGGCGGAUGAUGACAAUUUUCAAAGGGAUUUGGGCUUACCUAAAACGCUAACUACUCAAAAUAUAUCAGUAUUAUUGUAUAUGACUCCACGAUAUCGAGAAGUUAUGAUUAACACAGUUACUAGAGAAGCAAAUAGAAUUUACAACUUAUUUAUUCAACGAAAUCCAAAAUUCCUUGAAAUUGGGGGCAAGGUUUCAUUAUAUGGCCAUUCACUUGGUUCUGUAUUGGCUUUUGAUGUUCUGUGUCAUCAACCUCCAAUCCCUUCAAGUAUUAAUGAAAGUGUUUCAACAUCUGAUUCAAAACGAGCCGAUGAAAGUUUUGUCAAGCUUGACUUCGCUGUUCAGAAUUUUUUUAGCGCUGGCAGUCCCAUUGGGUUAUUUCUUUUAUUGAAAGGACUAAAAAUUGGGUCAAGAAAAUAUUAUGAAAAUGUUGACAAAACGACUUCAAAGUCAACAUCAGAUGAAGAUGUUGACUUACCGUUAGCAGAAGAGAAUAAUAUUCCACUUUGCUUUCCAAAAGUUAGGAAUAUUUAUAAUUUAUUCCAUAAUGCAGAGCCACUUAUUGCACGUCAUUACGGUUCCUCACUGAAGCCUGCCUUAAUUCCAUAUCAGAAGGGUGGUCUCAAAGCUGUCCAUCUUGGAAUUCAGGAAUUUGGAUCUGGAAUUGCCCACAAAGCUACUAAUAUUUUUUCGACAGUAAAAACAUCAUUAAUGUUUACUCGAGGCCUGCAAUCGUUAUUACAACAAAAAUCCAAUACACAUACUCGCUCAGAAUCAAUUCCUGAUAUAAGCGCUGAGAUUGAUAAAUCUAACGAUGGUACCGCAUUAACUAAUUAUCCACCAACACAAUAUGCUCAACCACCGACACCAACGACAAAUGAGGUGGUGAAGAAAGAGAAAGAAGAUCCACUUGGUGCUGCUAAGCUUAAGAGCUUGAAUAUUACAGGAAGGGUUGAUUAUGUAUUACAGGAGGGUAUUUUAGAUGUGAGCUAUAUUAAUGCUAUUACAGCUCAUUUGUGUUAUUGGGCUGAUUUAGAUGCGGUUAGUUUUAUUCUGAGAGAGAUUUAUAGGGAAUAUUCUGAAGAUGAAUAA